GCAAGCUCGUGCACGAAAUACCCAGAGGAGGCUCGCAAGUUUCUACAUCGAGAUUUUUUCGAUUUCGACUCCGAGGCACUUCAGCAGAUGUGGCAGUCACAUAUUUUUGACCACAAGACGUCCGAGGUCAAGCCAGUAGUGCAGGAUUGCCACCCAGCCAAGUAUUUAGAAUGGAGGGUUGAAGAUCUGGAUAGGCUUUGGACCACCAUUGACGACAACACUCUCCAGCAUUGUGAGUGGACCCUACCGCCAGAUUGGAUACAAGACAGCCUCUCGUACAAGUAUGAUCCCGAGACCGCUAUUGAGCUGGGAUCAGACUACGGAAGAUUUACGUCAGUCUUCGAGAAUUUCCUGUGUCGUGUACUUGAG